ACAGUUGAAAGUUUUUCUUUGCCAACUUUGGCCGGAAUAAUUGGGUUACAACAAGUAACAAGAGCACCUUAUUUUCACUAAAAUUUUCAUAAAACACAACACUCUUAAGUGUUUUAAAGUCCAUAAUCCAGAUGGAGAACCGCUCUAAAAAGAAUGCUUCAUUGGCCCUCAUGUGAAGCACUUGAAGAAAUAUGGAGGGAGAACUUCCGCAUAGGAUGGCACCUGAAGACUUCAUGGAGGAGAUGGGAGGAAGAGGAGGCUGGUGUGAUGAAUGGACAUACGCCCAUCAGCUCCUCACCUCUCCUCUCUGUUACAUGGAGGAGGAGAAGCAGCCAAGGAGAAAGAGGAUCCCUAGGUCGCUAUCGUUACCCCUGAGGAUGAGUCUUGUCCCUCAGAGCCUUGGAUGAGGAUGAAGAAGGCUGUAAAGAGUGAGCAGGGGAGGUGACAUCACCAUCGCUUUACCAAGAGAACCAGAUGAAGAGGAAGUUGGAUCACGGCCCAGACGGCCGAACCUUCUCCUCUGGGAAGAAGCAUUGCAAAGGCAAAGGCCACUUCAGUCCUUCCAGUCUGGUUCAAGCCACGCCCACCACAUUCGGGGACCUCCGCCUGGCCAAUGGACAUUCGGCCCAGCGGCGGCGCGUCACCUCUGGCCCGCCGCCCUCUGGUCUACAGGACUGGCUUCACACGUUUCAGGCUUGGAGCGGUCCCGAGAGGCUGCUGGCUCUGGAUGAGUUGAUUGACAGGUGUGAAACAGGCCAAGUGAAGCACAUGAUGCAGGUUAUUGAGCCUCAGUUCCAGAGAGACUUCAUAUCGCUGCUGCCCAAAGAGCUGGCCUUGUACGUGCUGACCUUCCUGGCUCCCAGAGACCUGCUGCAGGCCGCCCAGACCUGCAGGUACUGGAGGACCUUGGCUGAGGACAACUUGCUGUGGAGGGAGAAGUGCCAUGAAGAAGGUAUAUCAGAGCGCUCGCCCCCUCGACGCAGAAAGUGCGAGGUGGUUAGCGUGUGGAAGUCGACCUACAUCCGACAACACCGCAUCGAGAACAACUGGAAGAAGGGAGACACGCGGAAGGCGAAGCAGGAGUUGAAAGGUCACGACGACCACGUAAUAACCUGUCUGCAGUUCAGCGGCGACCUCAUUAUCAGUGGCUCUGAUGACAACACGCUCAAAGUGUGGUCAGCCGUCACCGGCAAGUGUUUGCGGACCUUGACUGGUCACACAGGCGGGGUGUGGUGCAGUCAGAUGGCAGGUGCUACGGUGAUCAGCGGCUCCACAGACCGGACGCUGCGGGUGUGGAACGCUGAGAGCGGGGACUGCGUCCACACGCUCUAUGGACACACGUCCACCGUGCGCUGCAUGCAUCUGCACGGCAACCGGGUGGUGUCAGGCUCCCGGGACACAACACUGCGCGUGUGGGAUGUAACGACAGGCCGCUGCGAGCAUGUGCUGACUGGUCACGUGGCGGCGGUUCGCUGCGUCCAGUACGACGGUCGCCGCGUGGUGUCGGGAGGAUACGACUACAUGGUGAAAGUGUGGGACCCUGAGUCGGAGGCAUGCCUGCACACUCUGCAGGGGCACACCAACAGAGUUUAUUCACUGCAGUUCGAUGGCGCCUUUGUGGUGAGCGGCUCGUUGGACACUUCCAUCCGAGUGUGGGAUGUAGAGACAGGUGGGUGUGUCCACACACUGACAGGCCACCAGUCACUGACCAGUGGGAUGGAGCUGCGUGACCACAUCCUGGUGUCUGGGAAUGCUGACUCCACUGUGCGAGUGUGGGAUAUCCGGACUGGACAGUGUCUGCACACGCUGCAAGGUCCCAACAAGCACCAGUCGGCGGUGACGUGCUUGCAGUUCUGCAGAGAUCUGGUUCUGUCCAGCUCGGAUGAUGGAACGGUCAAAUUGUGGGAUCUCCGGACCGGUGCCUGGCUGCGGGAUGUGGUGGCACUGCAGAGUCGGCAAUCUGGUGGCGUGGUGUGGCGCAUCAAAGCCUCAGACACUCGAUUGGUAUGUGCUGCUGGCAGCAGGAAUGGGACAGAAGGGACCAAACUCCUGGUGCUGGACUUCGACUUGGAUGACAGACAGACAGACCCAAAGAAACAGACCGAGUCGGACAAGGACGACGGAAAAGAGGAUAUUUACUAAGAACUGACCAGCUUACGUCUUUAACCAAAGUCUGGGGCGGCAGUCAACUUGAAGGUGGCAGUUUGAUAAAGCUAAACAUUUCCAUGACAACAAGUGAAUGUCGAGGGGAUGAAUGUAGCGAGAGGAGGCAGUACUUAUUGCUGCUAGCCAAUGAGGCGCUUAACACUGAUCGCAUCAGUGUUGCCAUAGCAACAGACCUCAUUUUGCAUCAGUGUUGUUCAGUGUAUUUUGUCGUGUGUGGAAGUUAAAAAAGUUGGUGGACGAGAUCAUUGGGGAUCAUUUCCCUCAUUAGGUCUGUCAUCAAUCAACUAUUUGCACAUACACAGCCAAAUACUGGCUGGCCAAACACAGCAAAAUAUGUUUUUCAUCCAGUGCUAACUAAUUUCUUUUCUAUCCCAAUAAUUACUGAUGACUGGUUUUAGAUGACCACUGAAAAUUAUGAUUUGGGACUUAAUUAUCUGAACAAUGAACACCAAAUAAUCCACAAAUACAAUACUGAAGUUUUAAGGAGAGAAUAGGAUCGAUAAUUAAAAACAAUUCCUCUCUACCAGGUAUGAAGCUGAUGGGAUGUGUUGCCAAGCAACACCUACAACAAGUUGGUGGAUGUUUGGUGGAGUUUGCCCUAGCAACAGGUGCUAUCUGUGCACGUUUUCAUCUCUGGAUGUUGGGUUGUGUAUGUGUGUGAUCGUGUAAGAUAAUGUAAAUUGCAAAACAAAAGGGUGUACAUAUUCUGUUUUUUCUAUUUGGAAAAAAAACUAAAGGAGGAAUGAGGAGCAGAGAAGUGUCAAUAAACAGAACUUUUGUAAAAUGCUGACUCACUGAUAAGGGUGGUGAAGAGUCACUUACAGUAGAUUCUUCACAUCUAUGCUUUAGAAGGAAGGCUAACAUUGCAUUUGUUCUCUUGCACUGUCCAUUAACAAGACUGACAAUAUGUACGUUUAAAUCAUAGCAACUUGUGAAAAUAGCUUGACAGGUGAGCCAACAUCUUCCUGUUAAGGCAGCCGGUAAGGUUUUUUCCACUUUUAAUUGUAUGGUUUGGGUACUAAAACAAACUCGACUAUUGUCAUGUGCACUUGAACCAGAAGGAUAUCCUGUUAAAAAUGCUGCAACCUAUAUCAAGGUGGCAGUUUGAUUCGGUCUGAUUUAAAAUGCCUGAUAAAGCUUUUUUCAAAAGCACUCAAGGUAAUUGGGAGAGACACAACUGAUCAAUGUAAAUUAACUAAGUGACUGUAGUUGGCCGAGGCUCAGUCUGUGACCAUGGCAACUGACGGCCACUUUCUGCGUCAGUGUAACUUUACUCGCACACUAACUUUAUUAGUAUAAAACAAUAUGGGGUCAAUGGCUAUAUCUACUGGUAACGGGGA